CUCUCCAGAGCCUAGUCCCUUCGGACUGCAACUCCUAUAAGCCCCAGCCAGCAUUGGCAUUGUCAGAGGUAACGAGGGUUAUAAUCCAAAUUACCUGGAGAGCCUUGGGUUGCUGUCUCCUUGCUGAAGAUAUGAAUGGGAAGGGAAGCAUGAGGAACUGGAGUGCUUGAGAGUUGGACUAUACGAGGGGCAGGAUGUGGCUAAUGGUCACCCCAGUGAGAAGUUACCACACUGAUGGGGCUUCCUGGGGGAGGGAGUUGCAGGCUAAGCUGGCAGCAUGUGAGGGGCGAGGAAACGGGCUGAGGUUGAGCCACUAGAGGCAGGAUGUGGGACUCAGAUGCUGGAUCGAUCGGGCAGGCAGGGCACGUGGCACUGGGUAAAACAAGACUGACCCUGGCUACUUCAGGGACGGACUUGUCCAGGGCAUGGCAGCCCUUGGCGUUAGAGUUCAAGAAAAACUCUGGUGUGUGGAUGGGAAGACUCAGAGGACAGGAGGAAGUUGAGAGCUGCAGAUCUUCAUGGCCGGGGCGGCCUGGCACAGGUUUACAAUCAGGAGUAUCUCAGUCCAGAGGAGUUUUUUUGAUAUCAAAGGAUUUUCUUCGCAAGCUGUGAUGACACAUGUAGAAUCGACAGGAAACUUCCAAGCAUCUAAGGCAAAUUUGUAGAAAAGGGCUGUCUUGCCCUGUGAGCAGCAGCCUUGGUUGACCAAGAAAAUGAGAGAGAAUGUGCUGUUUUAUCUGAUGGGUCUCUCUGUGGCCACAGUAAUGGGAUAUCCUUCCAGGCUGUCUUCUGCGGAUUUGGAUGCCACCCCCCGUAUAACAAUUGUCUAUAACGCUUUGAAGCAUGCAAGGCACUUUAGCAGCCAUGCCCAGAAUUACACCACCCUCCUGCUGGAAGAGGAGAAGGGAAUUCUAUAUGUGGGAGCCAGAGGGGCAAUCUUCUCCUUAAGUUCCAGCGACAUUACUGAUGACUCCUAUCAGAUACUAGAUUGGGAAGCAUCUCCUGAGAAGCAAGCAGAAUGCCUGAAGAAAGGCAAAAACAACAAGACAGAGUGUUACAAUCAUGUCAAGCUUUUGCAGAGACUAAAUUCAACCCAUCUGUAUGCCUGUGGCACAUAUGCCUUCCAUCCACUCUGCACAUACAUUGAUACCAAUAAAUUCACGUUACCCUCUCACUUUGAGGAAGGGAAAGAAAAAUGCCCUUAUGAUCCUGCCCAUGGCUAUACAGGCCUCAUUGUGGAUGGCAGUUUAUAUACAGCAACACGCUAUGAAUUCCGCAGCCUACCAGACAUCCGACGCAGCCGGCACCAGCGGGCUCUGAGGACUGAGGAAUCCCCCUUGCACUGGUUGAAUGAUGCAGAGUUUGUGGCUUCUGUGUUGGUCAGGGAGAGCAUGAGGAACUCCAUGGGGGACGAUGACAAAAUCUACUAUUUCUUCACUGAACGUGCUGGAGAGGAGAGCACAUCGAUAUUUGAGAAGACCCAGCUGCCCAGAGUAGCUCGAGUGGCUCGAGUGUGUAAGAAUGAUCUUGGCGGCAAAAAGAUUCUUCAGAGAAAAUGGACAUCCUUCAUGAAAGCAAGGCUGGUCUGCUACAUCCCUUACUAUGAAGUACUGAAAGAUGUUGACAGUCUGGAUGGUGGUAACUGGACGAGCACUGUCUUCUAUGCAACAUUCAGCUUAUCAGCCCAAUGGAGGAGCAUAGAGGUGUCUGCUGUUUGUCGAUAUAACAUCUCUGAGGUGCGGGCAGCUUUUGAAGGGACUUACAUGGAAUACCAAGACUCCUCCCGCAAGUGGUCCCAGUACAAUGGGGAGAUACCAGAACCACGACCAGGAUCAUGCAUUACCAAUCGUGCCCGCAAAAGAGGCUACAACUCCUCCCAGGAUCUACCCAAUGGUGUGCUGGAUUUUAUCAAGCUUCAUCCACUGAUGUAUGAAGAGGUGAAACCUACAGAUAGAGUCCCUCUGCUAGUGAAGAAAAAUGUGGUCUACACCCAAGUUGCAGUAGACAGAGUCCAAGCCCUGGAUGGGCACAUGUAUGACAUCCUCUUUUUGGGGACAGGUAAUGGCUGGAUUCACAAGGCUGUUGUCAUUGGCUCCAUGGUCCACAUCACAGAGGAGAUGCAGGCCUUCAAGAACCCCCAGCCUGUGGAGAACAUCAUCAUUUCCAAGCAACAGAGGAACUUAUAUGUUGGGGCUCAGAGUGGUGUCUUGCAGUUACCACUGUCCACCUGUAGGCAAUACAUCUCCUGCUUCAAUUGCAUCCUGGCCCGGGAUCCGUAUUGUGCCUGGGAUGGCAAGAGCUGCCGAGAAGUAGCUGACGUGCUGGACAGGUCUCUGCUGAUCCAAGAUGUGCUGCAUGGCAACCUGGGCUGCUGGAAUGACUCUGUGCAGGCUAUGCCCGUGCAGAAGAACCGGACAGUGCUUCAUGGUGGUGAUGUGCUCUUGCCUUGUGAGCAGACAUCCAACUUGGCACGGGCGACUUGGAUGGUGAAUGGCACCAAAGGGCUUGCUGAGGAUGGGCAAAGACACUUCCGCUUAGGCGUAGAUGGAUUGUUGGUGACAGACACACAGCUUGAAUAUAGUGGGGAAUACCAAUGCUACGCUGAGGAGAAUGGCCUGCAGGCCUUGAUAGCCACCUAUGCCCUAACUGUGCUGCCCAAAGAACUGGGGCCACAGCCACCCGCCACUCCAGCCCUCCCAUCCUGGCAUUUGGCCAGUUCUGAUGCUGGGAACAUGAACUUGAUCUACAUUCUGGUCAUCACAGUGCUGGGUGGGUUGUGCUUCGUGCUCAGCGUUUUGCUUCUCUAUGUCUUCUGCAUGCAGAGGCACAGGGGCAAAUAUCACUUGGGGGGUCCCCAGUCAUCCAGUGUAGAGCUGCAGACUGUUUCCUCAAAUUGUCUGAGCAAAGGAAGGCAGGAUGAAGAGGAGCUGAGCCCGUAUCCAGAUGGCUGCCUUCAGAUCAUUCCCGGAGAAGCCACUACCUUGGCCUUGUCACCCAAAGAGACACCUCUGGCCCUGCCCCCUCCCCCUCCCCCUCUCCCUGCUGAGUUCACCAACGGCAUUUCAACAUUGCCCAACAUGCUGCGCAAGAUGAAUGGCAACAGCUACAUGCUCUUGCGACAGAAUGAGGAGCCAUGUACUUCACCACUGUACAACUCUUUCACUGAGGAGCUGAGCAAAAUUCUGGAGAAGCGGAAACACACCCAGUUGGUAGAAAAACUGGAUGAGAGCUCUGUGUAAGGGGGAGAGAGAGUCCGGGUGCUGAACUAUUCUCUCUCACCACUCCACGAUUCCGCCUCCUCAGGCCAAAAGAACCAGUGUUAGGACUCAGCAACUACCUCCGGAGCGGCCCUCCGGAGCCGCCACAGACUCCGCACUCAUUUCUUUUACCUUGUUGUUGUCUUUUUUGUUGUUGCUGCUCUUGAUCAUUUUGUUUUCCAAUUGCUGUAAAAAAUGGAAUCUGUUUAAAAGGGAAUUAUAUUUAUAUAAAAGGCUGAUCAAUAAACAGGGGCCACAGAGAUUUGUUGGGUUGGUCUGGUUGUCCCCUACUUCCUUCCAUCGUGAGGCAUCUCCGAAAGUGCCAUUAAUUUCCUGACUACAGCCUACCAGCUAGAAGGAGUCUUAAUAAAAAGUGAAGGCUUAGCUACAAUUUUAAGAAGUUGGUAGCAAAAUUUGAUAAAACCCAAAUGUUCUCUAAACCACAACGAUUUACGGUUAGAUCACGUUUCAGAUACAUUUAUAUACAGUAUGUAUGAUUUCUUUUUUAUGUGAGAAUUGCAUUGAAACUGUUUUUUUUAAGGUGAACUUUGAUCAUGAACAGUGAUAGAUGAAUCCUCCCUCAAAACUUGAUUUACCUUGAAUAGCUUUAAGCAUUAUUGUUGUUGUUUCUCUGUUUUACAUGUACAAUUUAUAUUCAUAGCUGUUGACCGGUGUCAGUAUGGUCAAAGGAUAGGUCACCUCUGGUCUUUCUCUCAGUAGUCUAGCCAAGAUGGCCAGAGGAAAGAUAGUGAGAGCUGUAAUUCAGCAACAUCUAGAGGGCUGUAGGGUGCUACCAGCCAAUAGUGAGUGGCUAUAGAAAGAAAGAUUUGCUAUGUCAUAGCAUGGCUAGGCAAUUCACUGGAUGGUUAAACCCUGACAUUUAAAUUCUAAUGGCCAUGAACUAUAUUAAAACAAACCUUCUGCCCAUUAAAUGUAGCUUACAAAUGUUGAAUGCCACCUUGCUGGGACAGAGUAAAGAAAUGAACAAUCAUUAGUCUCAGAGCCAGCCGGACAAAUUUGGGUUACUCUUUUAUUGAUCCACUUGAACUUUCUUCUGUUUCCUUCAAUGUGAAACGUUUCUACUCUUUGUCUGACAAUACAUCUCACACAAGAGAAAAAUGUAUAAAUUUUGGAUUUAGUGAGGUGCAAGAACAGAUGUUUAGAUCUUGGUGUUAGGGCAUGUCUUUUCUAAAAUCUAUUGCAUAGAAUAUAUUCUCAAUCCAGAUUUAGUGUAGUGGGAGAAAGAGUAACAUCUGCCAGACUUCAUGAGACAAAGCUAUUUAUGCCUAAUAUGGAGAACACUGAAGUUUAUUUUAUUUACUUACUUGGGUUUAUAUGCUGCUCUAAUCGAUGAAAACUCAAAGUGGUUUACAAAAUCCUCAUCAGUAAAAUGAUUUUUAAAAAGUACAUCAGAUUGACAAAAGAAAUAAGAAGAUGAAACAAUGAAUUACAAUUGCAAUAAACUUUUCACCAAAGAAAUAAAUAUCAACAAGUGCUACAGCAAAGGGUUUCCUUCUUCACAAUAUCCCAGCCAUCCCCUGAGUUCUUAAGGCACUGCAAUAUGGUAGACUCCAAAUGUGUUGGCUGUAAUCCUCAGAAUUUCCAGAAACAAAUCCCUGUGCUUGCUGUAGAUAUGGAAGUUGUAAACUAACACAUCUGAAGGGACCCAGUGGGAAAGAUUGUCCCAGAACCAUCUAAAAGUCAUCUAGAGCUGCCUUUGUUCUAGCAUGAAUGAGUGAGGAUCCACAUCAUGGAGUGAGAAAAGGAGAAUCUGCUAAUGAAAAAGUGACUUCAGUGGUAGAAAGUAACAUUUUAUUUUUAAUUUCGAUCAAACCUAAUCUGAAUUGGGAAUAAUCUCUUUCACUCCAGACCACUAGAAUUAAUGGUAUGGGGAUAUGGGCCCUAAUACAGGGUGUUGUAAGGAUUUCUAAAACAUCUAUAUGGAACAUUAAAGAAUGGUGCAAUAUGAAUACUGUUAUUGUGAUAAUCAUGCCUAUGAUGGUCUUCUCUAACACAAGGAAGUUGAUUUUCUUAUUUUUACAUAGCAUUUGUACUUGGAUAGUUCAAUAUAUGCUGUAAUUUGCCUGUUCCAGCUAUAUAUAAGAUAUCUUUAAGAAACUCAUUAAUAACUCUCAAACUUUUGUUGUUCAGAUCACUCAAAAAUUGCUGAAGGUGUUUGUGGGCCAUAUUAAACUUUUUUUGUUGUGUUACUUA